GUGCAUUUCGCCCGCACAACGCGACAAGAAAUGUGCGUUUCGCCAUAUCAAUUAAAGUCCUGCCCCGGUGAGGAGGACGCCUUGGAAGCGAGGGAGGUGGUUCUCCCUUCUAAACUCCACCCCAGCGCUGCUCGUCAUUUCUACUCCAGUCGCUCCUUCUCACUCCAUGGACUAGUAUCAGUGUAGGGUUGGGAUAAGCCUUUAACCAAAGCAUUAGCUCCUUUUGCGUGAGUCCUGUGCUGGUAUGACCCUGGGAGCCCACUGAAACAUGUAGAUAUGCGGUGUCUAGUCCGUCGGAGUACAACCAAGACGCUCGAGUUGUUCCUGACCGGACUUUUAUUUUGGAAAUAGGUGGAAUCCCCUAGGGUCGGAUUGGACCAUGAUUUGCAGAUCAUUGGAUUAUUACAUGUUGGUGAUGUGCUUCGUUGUGACGAUUCCACAACGAUGUAGAACAGAGCUUCUACCUCCGCCAUUCAACCUCUCCUACGAGUGGAUUGAUCCCUUUUUCAUCCGUCUCACCUGGCAGUCACACCCUCUCAACCCCAACUGCUCGCUGAAAUAUAUUCUUCAUAGAAAAGACCUACCGCAUAGAAAACCGCAAAUUCCUCAUAGUGCCAAAGGAUACACAUUACUGGUGACGGAUUUGAAUUCCAACGUGACACUCACCCUAAAGACCGCAUCAACCCGGACGCCCCGGUGCCCGUAUGACGGCAACAACGCCGUCUCCAUAGUCGUCCCCCGCCAAGUUCAACUUGUGACCGACUUCAAAUUCUUCCUCUACCCACCCUGUGACGGGGGAACUUCCCAGACGCCACUCUGUGGACAGCAGGCCACUUGGACCCCAGGCAAUGGGACCUCAGGGCUGUCGGUAUCCUACAGGCUGUGUGGCCAAGCGUCCGACGAGCUGUCGCUGUGCCAGGACAACAGCAGUGGGCCGCAGCAAGGCUGUCACCUGACGGGGCUCAAAAAAGAAGAGAUAAUGGGAAGGGUCUGCAUACUUUUCCGAGGAACGGUUGAAGGCCGAGCCCUGAACCAAACGUUCCAACGGCUUCCCCAUUAUCACAUUCGAACUUUUCCGCCCAACGUGAGCGUCAGCGAGCAGAAGGGCCGUCUGAAAAUCAGCUGGCAGCAUGCCAGGGCCUGCCCAAACUCAUGGAAGUACACCGUCAACUACAGCGAGUGCGACCGCCCCACAAAGGCGGUCACUUCCGGCUCAGCGAUGGACCACCUGCUGGUUCCCUUCAACGAGGCCUGCCGCUACGAGAUCCGCGUCCAGCCACAGUUAGAGGCCAGCUGUGGGUUUGCCCAGGCAGAGGGUAGUGUUCUGCUUGUUUACAACGAUGGUGCGACCCCGGACCACUCUGUGCUGGUUGGCUGCGUGGUCGUGCCAAGCCUCCUGUCCGUCCUGGUGGUGGCACUGUGUUACUGCGUCAGGAGGAAGAGGAACACCUUCUUUAAAAAGAUCCCAGUCCCUCCGAGCUCGCUCAAGGAGAUGAUGAGCAGCCUUCAGCAGAGUCAGCAGCUGUUUGUCCCGGAGCGAGAGAAGGUGGACGUGUGCAGCGUGUCCCCCGUGUCCCCGGACCCCCUGGAGCUCAACACCCUGAUCUGGGAGGUCCCGUGACGAGCAGCACUCAGCCGCACGGGUCGGGCCGUCGGCCGCUUCCCUCACGUCACCGGCUCCCAGAUGGGUCAGACGCAGAGAAAGAAUUUCUCCAAAAUAUGGACAAUAAAGGAUAACUUCACUUAACUUAACCACCACCUCCUCCUCAAACCUCCUCCUCCUCCGCUUCCUCUGCUUCCUAAGCCCCCCCCCCCCGAGGAGAAACGAGGGAGAGGGAGCAGCAGGCGGUAGAAGACAGGAGGCGGGGGGAGGAGGAGGACAGAUACUUUGGCGUCGGGACGCUGAUCUCCUCGGUCCGUCCGCUCCAAGCUCCGGUCCGGUCGUUAUUCCCUGGACAUGAGAGGCCCGGGACACACGGGUGGUUCUUUAACGGGGCACCGGGAACCAGGAGUCGUCCUCCGAGAGCCCAAACGGACAAUGCUGUUUGUGGGGUCUUUCUCUUGAACUGUUAUGGAAUGAUGUUUAUACGUUAUAAUUAUUGGAGAUCCCCUCACGUGGCGCUAAUCUAUUCACGGCUUUCUCUGGGUGACCUCCCCAACCACAGAGACAGUGGUCAGAACACAGAUGCAUUGUGGGUGAGACGGACUCACUGCUGGACAGUGUGCGGCUAUUUUCACUUUAAUCAGACGAAUGGACUGGUUUUGUCUUUGAAUGUUGUACAGGUUUUGAAUGAAAUAAAUACGACGUGCUCACUUUUACAUA